AUGUCAACAUCAGAGAACACAACAACUGCUAUCGUUCAUGAAGCCAUAAAUGAAGAAUACGAGUACAUACAGUAUAACAAACAGUUACGUCUCAUUCGUUCAGUCAAAGAUGACAUGUACCAAAUGCAAAGUAUAAUGAAUGCUCUUCGUUCUACAAAGCAAGCAUAUCAUUGGUUUGAAAACCAACAGACAAAAGAACUUUUAGAAGAAUUUCCUCAUAUGAUUGCUUCCCUCGGAAAACCGAGAGAAGAGAUUCCGUAUGAAAAUCGCAAGAAUUUGGCUCCUGGUUUGAAAGGUUAUUAUGUUCAUAGACUUUUAGUAAACGCUGUAGCAAUGUGGGCUUCACCUCGUUAUGCUUGUUAUAUUUUCAUGAUGUUAGAUGAACUAUAUAAAGCAGAACGUGGAGAGAUGGAAAAGAAACUUCAAGCAAAAGAUGAAGUCAUUGAAUCCAAAGACAAAAGCAUACAGAAAAGAAUACCGCGUUCA